GUCAUACAGUUUUCCCAAAGCAACCCUGUCAGAAAGUAUUGAGUCGAGUAGAACAUGGACGAGAAAAAAUUAAAAUCACGUAGAAAGAAGCUAUAGUGCGGUGAAAUUAUUGAAAUUUCACCCUUUUAGUUUUGGAAAUAAUAAAUAUUUUAUUAAUAUAUGGAUAUAUUACAUAAUGUGCGGAUUAAUCGGAAAAAUAUCUGAGUGUCUAACUGCGGAUCGAAAAAAGUGAAAAGAUAUGUAAAAGAAAAAACUUUGAAUUGCAAUAACUAUGCCAUUGCAUUGGUGUGAGAAAGGGAUAACUAGACUGACAAUGAAGCAAGUGUGGCCAAUAAGUGCGAGAUAAAAGGAGUUGCUUCUAUAAUUGUCAGCUGGGUCUGUCAAAAACGAACGAAAACAGGAAAAUUUGGUUUUGUUUAGUAAGAGGAUCUGGGAUAGUGGAAAAAAUCAUUAAAUUGCAGGCAAUAAGGAGAUGAAAAUUCGAAAAAAUAGUUGCGAAGACAUUCCAGCAAUUGAAAAAAAGAGCAGCCGAAAAGGAAGUUCUGAUAAAGAAGGGUACGAAGUGGGGGAAAAAGAGAAACGAGAUAAAAGGAGACUUGAUGAAAAUGAUUUGAAUAGUGAGUCGAUACAAAGGGAAAACGAAAUAAAAAACGGGAACGAAUAAACGACGCACGACUUUAUCCAUCCACCACUAUUCAUGGGUAGGAAGAAAAGUGAUGCGAUAAAUCUGAGAUCUACAGAAGAAAUGUGCUUUAGAGGCUCUAGAAAAAUUGCAGAAAAAACGUAACGCCAGAAUUUUGGAUAUAAAACCAAGUCAAGCUUGACUACAAAAGCUCGCCUUUCUCAUCUUUGUAUCGUUGGAUUUUCCAGGUUCAAAAUGAGUCCACAGGUCAGAUUUCGUCGUUUUAUAGCAAUAAUCGGAUAGGACCUUAAUCUGCCUUCAUACGCUAAGAGUAUGAGAACGACCUUAUUGGGUACAUCAAUAUUUUAUCGCCCAACAACAUCCCAACAAAGCAAAAACUCGCUGAAAAUGGAAACCCACUCAUCUUCUGUGCGACAGAAAAUGAUCGCCGAUCCUAUGGAAGAAAAAAACGAGCAAGUGAAUCUCUUGAGCGAAGAGGAGGAGAAGGAUCCAUUAGCAUUAGAUACAGCGAUCGAACAGCACAGCUCGCGAAGUAAGCUAUCAAGCAACGCAAAGCACAGCCACAGUUUACGGCGUCAUGUUCCUCGUAUCAUCGUUAAACCUAUACCACCCGAGAAAAAGGUUGCAGUCACGUCGACAGCAACAUUGAGUAGUAACGCUGCAAUGUCCACUGCUACUGCCAAUACUGUGAUCAAUACCGCUGGUGGAAAGAACACAACACCGAGCCCUUCGAGCCGUGCCAGUAGCAGUCGUCGUGCACAACAACAAGCCAAAGCUGCGGUAGCCGCCACGCCAUUAACCGGAGCCGCAUCUUUAACAACACCCUUAACAGCCAUCACACAAGCGUCCACAAUGCGUGAAGUUCUCGCAUCCAUACCCGGGUUUAGUUUUAAGCCACGUAGACGUUCUUCCAAGAAAAUUUCCACUGCUGCUCAAAUUGAGCAGACAAAGGAUGGAAAAAUAGACCUCGAAACACCAGACUCAAUAUUAGCAUCUACGAAUUUGAGAGCCUUACUCAACAAACAAACCUUUUCUAUGCUGCCUCCAUUAUAUCAGUAUAACCUCAUUCAAUUGCUACCAAGCGUGGAUCGCGAAGCCAUCGAAGUUGAACGCAAGAACACUACUGACUCCACGGCUCCCAUGGAAGCUAUAAAAUUGGGGCCAUCCAGUCUAAAUAAUGAGUUCUUUGCACGUGCCUGCUUGGAAUGGCGUGAACGAUUGGCGGAAGGUGAAUUCACACCUGAAAAUCAAAUGAAAAUGAAAACAGAAGCCGAGAGGGAAAAGAACAAAUUAGAUCCAUGGAAAUUGAAACAUUUUGAGCCCAUAUGGGGCGAAAAAUCCUACAAUCGCGCCAGUAGCACCAGUAGUAGUAGCAGCAAUAUAAGUUACAGUAGUGGCAAAAGCAGUGAUAGUUAUACUAAUCUAAUGGAUGAGCGUCUUGAGUUUAAAUUGGAAAGCAAAGGCGGUUUGGUUGCUACAAUUGUGAAGACAUCAACUAAAACGUCAGCGACAUCCACGGCUACAUCAUUAGCUGCCUCUGCGGCAGCAACUUCAACGACGACGACAACUGUGGCAUCGGCAGCGAGCACUGAAAGUGCCGAAAACACAACAUCCUCAUCAUCUGUAGAUGUGAAAGAGGAGGAUGAAGAAUUUAUGGAUGAACCGCUGGCAAAUAUAAGUGUAAAUACUAUUAAAACAGAGCUGAAAAUACAACCCGAACAGCUGCACAAGCAGGAGUAUACGGAAAGCUCUACUACCGAUUACGAAAAACAGACUGACACAUUUUGUGAUCUGGAAAAUAUUGGCUGCACAGAUUCAUCCUCUACAUUUGACCUAUUACGCUCAGACUGUGGGGGUAUUCAAAACAAACCAAUAGCUGCAGAAUCUAAAAUUACCUUAACGCUAAGCGCGUUGGAACAUGAAAGACAAAAUGAAUGUGGGAGUAGUGGUAAUAUACGCAAACGUUCGGAGUCAGAGUUUGCUUAUGAAAAUCGAACACAAAGCAAACAAAUGAAAAUAGAAACACAAAAGGGACAGGAACAACAUCCAAAUCCACAUCCACAUGAUUAUGAUAUUACUGACUCAGCAACCAGUAUAGAACGUGAGAUAAGCCAUCUUGCUGGUGACGAUCCCAAAAACACACUUUCUCCAUCCGUAUCAUCGGCUACUUCAAGUUCCCAAGAGUUGAAUGGCAGCAUUAGCUUAACAACAAACUCAUCCUCAACAAAAGCGCUUACCACCGAAAGUUUCAUGUAUAAUAGCAAUCUUUACACUGCUAAAUUCGAACAGCAACCCGCUGAUCUGCUACUAAAGGAUACGAUCUCUUCAAUUAGUAGUGAAGAAUGUGCCAGUGUGAAUACCUUACCUGAUGUGGUAAUGAAAACGUCAAAUUUCCUACAAAACCAAGAUACUUCCUUUGCGGCAAUUACGACAGCGGGAAAUAGUACCUGUAACAGUAUUGAAACACUUCUGCCAACAACGUCGUCGUUUGUGAACGUGAAUGCAAUAUUGCCAUCAACGGUGUCACCUAGACCAAGCGGAGGUAUAACAUUACAACAGUCCUUCCCAUCACAAGGAAAGCAAAUAAACGCGGCGUCUAUAAUUUCAUUGGAAGACGGGGAGGAUGACGACGAGGAGCUGAUCGAACAAAAGUUUGCUGAUGCACACAAUUACGUGUUGGAAUCUGGCGAAGUUAGUACGGAUAGCAGUGCAGGUGCAAACAGCGCUUUACUUACACCAGCGGACAGUGGUAGCUUAAAGGAAAAGAAAUUUAUUUUCUGUGAUUCAGUAGACCAAGGUAAUUAUACAUACCAUGAAACUACUUAUGAAUUAAUUUUCAUUUGAUUUUUAUUUAAACGGAAAAACUUGGUAGCACUGGAUAGGUUUCGACGAUUUUCGUCGGCUACUUAUAUCAGGACGACAGUAGUCAAUGCUAAUGUUGUCGAGUCGUACAAUUUAGUCUAUUUUACGACAUACGCAAUGAACUGUUAGCGAUAAUGGUGGACAUACCAAAACUGCGACACUUAGAGAUUACUACCAGA